AUUCUGCAACUAUCUCAUUCCCAUCUACUGAAUGCACUCAUAUGUAGGGGUGAGUGAGAUUCUGAAUGUUGAAUGUGGCUCAAAAUAAUGACUCAAUAGGUGCAAUAUUUUGGACUACGCAAUGAAUGGGAUAAAUAUGGUCGUAGCUGCCAUGCUGGGCGUCAUCAUGAUUGCUCGGUUAUAUGCUAUGUAUCAGAGAUCAAGAAACAUGCUUAUAUUCCUUGUUAUUAUCUUCCUGGCUGUUAACAUCGCCUGCGGAGUACUCGCAGUAAUGACACUCAAGGAUAGUGCAGGGGGAUCGACCAUCGGGGACUGUUUCAGAGUGCUGAUAAAAUCUCACGUGCUUUAUUUUGCAAGCUUUGUUUGUGUCUCUUGCCUUCAGUUAGUCGGUGAUCUCUCUCCGGGGCUCACGAGUUCAUAUUUUGUGGGGGUUGAGACAUUCUAUGGUGUCCUUCAAAUUAUAUUUAGCGUGCAGAUGUUCGUGCUGGGACCGCGCCUCAUCUUUAGCAUUCGAGAAUAUCAUGCAAAACUCGUGGCCAACUCCGACGCAGACAUUAGCAUGACUUCGAUUGUCUUCCAGGAGCGUGUACAUGUACCAACUAGCAGUGUUGUGUAGAGAAAUGCUUGCCGAGCGUUCUGCGUGGAGGAGAGAAUGGUCCGUCGUAGUAUUUAUUUUAGUUAUGGUGUUUCAAAGUAUAUUUAAG